AUGCCCCGCAACCACGGCGGCGGGGAGGAGGGCGGCUCCGCGGGGCUCUGGGUGAAGAGCGGCGCGGCGGCGGGCAUGAAGGAUGUAGAGUCGGGCCGGGGCAGGGCGCUGGCGAGCGCGGCGGCCCGCGGCGACGGCCUGCUGCUUCUGGGUACCGGCGGCGCGGCCGCCCCCGCCGGGCUGCGGGAGGGCCGCCGCGGGAAGCACGGAGCCCGCAUGAGCCUGCUGGGGAAGCCGCUGUCGUACAGCAGCGGGCCGAGCUGCCGCCGGAACGCCAAGUACCGCCGGCUGCAGAACUACCUGUACAACGUGCUGGAACGGCCCCGCGGAUGGGCCUUCAUCUACCACGCCUUCGUUUUUCUCCUUGUGUUUGGUUGCUUGAUUUUGUCCGUGUUUUCUACUAUUCCUGAACACACAAAACUAGCUUCUGGUUGUCUCUUCAUUUUGGAAUUUGUCAUGAUUGUUGUCUUUGGUUUGGAAUUUAUUAUUCGUAUCUGGUCUGCUGGAUGCUGCUGUCGGUACCGAGGAUGGCAGGGAAGACUGCGCUUUGCAAGGAAACCAUUCUGUGUCAUAGACAUCAUUGUUCUCAUCGCUUCAAUAGCAGUUGUUUCUGCAAAAACUCAGGGUAACAUUUUUGCAACAUCAGCACUGAGAAGUCUUCGUUUCCUACAGAUCCUUCGUAUGGUGCGCAUGGACCGAAGAGGAGGCACUUGGAAAUUAUUAGGUUCAGUAGUUUAUGCCCAUAGCAAGGAAUUAAUCACAGCCUGGUACAUAGGAUUUUUAGUACUCAUCUUUUCAUCUUUCCUGGUUUAUCUGGUGGAAAAAGAUGCAAAUAACCAGUUCUCCACAUAUGCAGAUGCUCUCUGGUGGGGCACGAUCACUUUGACAACCAUUGGCUACGGAGACAAAACUCCUCUAACUUGGCUUGGAAGGUUGCUUUCUGCAGGAUUUGCUCUGCUUGGCAUUUCUUUCUUUGCACUACCUGCUGGCAUCCUUGGCUCAGGAUUUGCAUUAAAAGUGCAGGAACAGCAUCGUCAGAAACACUUUGAGAAAAGAAGGAAUCCAGCUGCCAGUCUAAUUCAGUGUGUAUGGCGUAGUUAUGCGGCUGAUGAGAAAUCGGUUUCCAUUGCUACCUGGAAGCCUCAUUUGAAGGCCUUACAUACCUGCAGCCCUACAAAAAAAGAACAAGGGGAAGCUUCUACCAGUAAGCUUUGUAGUAAUACAGAGAAGCUCUUCAGGAUGCACAUCCCUCGGAGACAUAGCCAAAAGCUGAGUUUUAAGGAGCGGGUCCGGAUGGCCAGCCCCCGAGGGCAGAGUAUAAAGAACAGGCAGUCUUCAGUCGGAGAUCGCAGGUCACCCAGUGCUGACAUUGCCACCGAGAGCAGCCCAACCAAAGUCCAGAAGAGCUGGAGCUUCAAUGACCGGACCCGAUUCAGGCCUUCCUUGAGGCUGAAGAGCUCACAACCCAAGCCUGUAGUCGAUGCUGACACCAGCCUUGGAACAGAUGACGUUUAUGAUGAUAAAGGGUGCCAGUGUGAUGUGUCAGUAGAAGAUCUCACCCCUGCUCUUAAAACUGUCAUCAGAGCAAUCAGAAUUAUGAAAUUUCAUGUUGCAAAGAGAAAGUUUAAGGAAACACUUCGUCCAUAUGAUGUUAAAGACGUCAUUGAACAGUAUUCAGCAGGCCAUCUAGACAUGUUAUGCAGGAUUAAGAGUCUUCAGUCACGUGUUGACCAAAUUCUUGGGAAAGGACAAAUCACAGCAGAUAAAAGAAGCAGAGAAAAGAAUCCUGCAGAGAAUGAGACAACUGAUGACCUCAGUAUGUUAGGGCGUGUAGUCAAGGUGGAGAAACAGGUACAAUCCAUUGAGUCAAAACUGGACUGUCUGUUAGAUAUUUAUCAACAAGUCUUGAGAAAAGGAUCUGCAUCUGCGCUCACUCUGGCUUCCCUUCAAAUGCCAGCCUUUGAGUGUGAGCAGACUUCUGAUUACCAGAGCCCAUCAGACAGCAAAGAUUCGUCUAAUUCAGCACAAAUCAGUGGGUGUGUAUCCAGAUCAGCUAGUGCCAAUCUGCCUCGUGGCCUACAGCUUAUACUGACACCAAAUGAAUUUAGCACUCAGGCUUACUAUGCUUUUAGUCCAGCUUUGCAUAGUCAAGCAACGCAAGUGCCAAACGAUGGACCUGCAGCAGUUAACAAUUCAUCAAACCAAAUAAACCAGGCAAUGAAGCCACCAACUCCAACAACAUUACAAAUACCACCUUUCUCAUCAAUGAAGCAUAUCAGUAGGCCUGAGCCCGUUCAUAUUAUUCCUGUGACCACACAGGAAAAUAUUUCUGAUGUCACCGCUUGCCUUGUUGCAUCAAAGGAUAAUGGACAAGUUGCACAGCCCAGUGCAACAAAGGAUCUCACGUGGAGAAAAAGUCUGGAUACAGAAGGGGAACCUUUGCUCUCAGUCAAACCUGUGGUGCAAAUGGACUUAGGAAAAUCUUUAUCUGUACAAAACCUUAUACAAUCAACAGAAGAACUGAAUGUACAGAUUGCUGGCAGUGACUCCAGUGGUUCCAGAGGCAGCCAAGAGGUAUACUCCAAAUGGAGGGAGUCAAAAUUAUUUAUAACUGAUGAAGAGUUGGAAACAGAGGCAGAAACAGAGACUACUGAAGCCAUCUCACGCCCAUUAGUGGAAACAACUCUCUCUGCUGACUCUCUAAGGACUGGAAUAUCAAGAUCAUCUCAAAACAUUUGCAAGCCAGGGGAUGGUACAGAAGCACUCAAUCUGCUCCAUGUCAAACUUAAAUAACAGCUUGUGGGCUUUCUUCGUUGGCUGGGUCAUUCCUCUAGUCAUACAUAUCAUAGCAUGAACUGUUUUGAAAGCCUUUUUAAUACGAUAAAAUCCCGAAAAUCAGGAUGAAUCUGAAAAGCAGUUGAAUGAGCCCAUAUCUCCUAGUUGCAUGAAAAUGCAUGUUUCAGUGAUGGCUAACAUUCAAAUUUACACCUACAGUACAACAGCCUUUCAUGUAGUACAGUAGGUUUAAAUGAUGAGUUGCCUACAAAGCUAAUGCUGCAGGAUGUAUCAAAAAGCAAAGAUCUGAGCAUUUAGACCUAGUGCUGUUUCUACAGGGCAGAAGUAACAAUUGUUAAGGUUAAAAAGCACUUUGCUUCUGAACUAAUUAAAUAUAUAUAUAUAAUGUCCUGAUUUAGAUGAUAGUUUAUGUUUACAACAAAAAAAUUCUCUACAGCUGCUAGCAAGGUACCAAGGAAACCAGUAAUAUGGGAUUAGGAAUUGCUGUCAGUUGAAAGAUACACACAUUAGCUCAUCAGUAAUCAGGUAUUUUUAACUCUGAAAAGCAGUAUGUUCGUAAUUGGUGAAUUAGUGCUGUGGCAAAAGUACCUGACACACCACUCUCAUGUUGUUCUUUAUGACAAGAACAUUAUUUUGCUACAAGAAGUUUGUAUUUUAAGGAUGGGGGCUGGCUUCAGGAGUAGAUAGAUAACCUGGGUGACUGCACUAAAAAUUCAGGGGAAUCUCUCCUUCCAGUCUCGUUGAGGAGCUAUCUUGUGAAUCUCAAACAUUUUGGCAGCAGUAGGUGAGGGAAGGAAGCAGAAACUGCCUUUAUUCUAAAAGCAGUAUUUCCUUCUCGGGAACUGUAGGCAAUUUUCCUCAAAGUCCCAA